AAGGCAACUGGGUUGUUCCUUAGUUGAAUGUUGGUUAAACUGUUUCUAAACCCAGAAAACUGCAUUCACUAUAUCUAGUCUCCGACAGUACACGGAACAUGGAAAUGCAAUUACCGUAUUUUUCGCUCCAUAAGACGCACUUUUUCCCCCCAAAAAAGGGAGGAAAAUGUUAGUGCGUCUUAUGGAGCGAAUAUAAAGCGGCCGGUCCAGUAUUUCUGCCGCCACCAUGUCAGAAUAUUGGGCUGGCCGCUCAGCUCUUCUCUCCUGCAGGACCUUACCUGUUCCUCGCUCCAGCGCUGUACAGUCUUCCAGCGGCGGCUUCCGUACCCGCUCUCCCUCCCCAAAGGUCCGCAGUCUCUGGUCAUCUCCUGUACUGUCUGCAGUCUCUGGUCAUCCUCUGCACAGUCUGCAGUCUCUGGCCAUCUGUACUAUGUCCACAGUCUCUGGUCAUUCCCUGUACUAUGUCCGCAGUCUCUGGUCAUCUCCGGUACUGUGUCCGCAGUCUCUGGUCAUCUCCUGUACUAUGUCUGCAGUCUCUGGUCAUUCCCUGUACUGUGUCCGCAGUCUCUGGUCAUCUCCUGUACUAUAUCUGCAGUCUCUGGUCAUCUCCUGUACUAUGUCCGCAGUCUCUGGUCAUUCCCUGUACUAUGUCCGCAGUCUCUGGUCAUCUCCUGUACUAUUUCCGCAGUCUCUGGUCAUCUACUCUACUAUGUCUGCAGUCUCUGGUCAUCUCCUGUACUAUGUCCGCAGUCUCUGGUCAUCUCCUGUACUACGUCUGCAGUCUCUGGUCAUCUCCUGUACUAUGUCCGCAGUCUCUGGUCAUCUCCUGUGCUGUGUCCGCAGUCUCUGGUCAUCCCCUGUACUGUGUCCGCAGUCUCUGGUC